CAAUCUUAUCAUCCUAGAGAACGUACUAUCGACGACGGUGGGGCUGAGAAGUCGAUCAUUGGAAAUAUCUGUUAUUCUCGUCGGAGCGGUAAAGAUGACGGCAAGCAAAGCUCUGCAAUUACUAGUGCGGUUAGUAAGAAGAAAAAGAAGAGAGUCGCCAAGUCGGAGAAUGCAAUGGAUAGCAAUGAAGAGGAGCAAGUCAUCAGAAGUUCCCAGGAGGAUACUGGCAACGGAGAUUAUCAGUAUGAAGAGCUUUUAGAAAGAAUUUACUUGGGCGGGUUUAGUGACAGGCAGAAGACGGUUAUGAAGCUGCCAGUCCCACUGGUGGCGCGUCAAGGCUCCAAAAAGACAGUUCAUGUCAAUUUCAUGGAUUUCUGCAAGAUUAUGCACAGGGAUCCGAAAUAUCUUGCAAGUUUUAUGGAGAUGGAACUGGCUACAACUUUGUCUUUGGAUGAGAAACAGCGGUUGGUGGUUAAUGGAAGGUUUGCUCCGAAACACUUUGAAGCGUUACUGAGAAGAUAUGCCAUGGAUUAUGUUAUCUGUCAUGGUUGUAAGAGUUCUGACACGAAUUUUUCGAAAGAAAAUCGUAUCAUGUUUCUCAGAUGCGAGCAGUGUGGUUCUGCGCGAUCAGUUCUUCCUGUCAAACAACCGGUAUUUCAUGCUUGUACAGGUCGUAAAAAGGUUGGGGCAUGAGUUAAAUUAGCCUCAAUAAUUUCAAUUCAAAUCUCUUAUCUAUAGGAAAUUUUAUACAGGAGUGUUAUCUUUUGAAAAUAAUAAUAAAAUUUUCCUUGCAUCUUUUAUAAAUAUUUUGAUGGUAUUUAUCUCAGAUAUGAUGUAAUUUCAAAC